UUUGACGUCUGACUGACGUGACGUGCGUGAGAAAUCGUUGAAAGAAAAGACUACAUACGUAUUUUAUUUAUUCUACUUAUGGCGUGGACUAAAUAAACAGAAAUUUAUAACUGUUUUGCAAUUUCGACAACAUUGUACAUUAUUUUGAAAAUUUUCAUGUUUUUCCUUUUUGUGAAUCGUAAACAAUGGCAAAAAGUAAAGUGACUGGCGCUACCAGUAGACUGAAACAAGAUUACCUCAGGCUCAAAAACGAUCCGGUUCCCUAUGUUACUGCGGAACCAGUACCAUCCAACAUCCUGGAGUGGCAUUACGUGGUGAAAGGCCCAGAGAAAAGUCCAUACGAGGGCGGAUACUACCAUGGCAAGAUAAUUUUCCCAAGAGAGUUUCCUUUCAAGCCGCCUUCGAUUUACAUGAUUACACCGAAUGGAAGGUUUAAAACCAACACCAGAUUGUGCCUUAGUAUCACCGACUUCCACCCCGACACGUGGAACCCUGCGUGGUCUAUCUCAACCAUCCUAACUGGUCUACUCAGUUUCAUGCUGGAGAAAACACCGACUUUGGGUUCCAUCGAGACAUCAGACUACCAGAAGCGCUGCUUGGCGGCAGAGUCUCUGGAGACAAACAUCAAGAACAAGAUGUUCUGUGAGUUGUUCCCCGAGUAUGUGGAGGAGAUAGAGCAGCUGCUGAAGCAGCGGCAGGAAGCCAUGCUGCAUGCGGAGGCGGCGCCGCCCGCGCCCGACGGUGAGCUCACCAACGACCACCAGUCCAACAUGCAUUACAUCAUGACAAACUUAUUUGUGCUCGUAGGCUUUGUGUUUCUCGCAUAUAUGGUGAAAUAUGUUCUAGUCUCCAUAUCCAAUGACUAGACAAUAAACUUUUUAAUCUUGUAAAUAUUGUAAUUUAAUUUGUAAAUAAAAUUAUUCCAUUAGAGGCAAAUUUUGAAUCGACACGGCACAUGCAUGAUAGCUGAGAAAAUUGAGACUAGCAAUUUGUAGCUUCAUGCUUAUGUAUUGUUAUUACGUACAUAAUUCACUUAAAAUAAUUGUUAGUUAUAAUUUAUUUUAUGCUUAGGUACUUUUUUUGAUGUAAUUUACAUUUCUAAAAGGAUGGUUACCAAAUGUUAGUAACUUAUAGGGGAUACUCAAGUGUAAUUUUAUUUUAAACUUCAUCCAUUUAUUUAUGGAAUUAAAUUUAUGUUUCUGAUAAUCUCUUUCAAUUUCUUGUCUUCAUUUAAUUUUUAUCCCUUAAUCAUCUCAGUCAACUGUUUUGAGUGUCCCUACAACUGUUUCUCUACUGCAUUUAUUGUGUUUUAAAAGAUAAUAACCCAUGAAAAAAAAGAGUGCAUGUGUGAACCAAAACAUUUUUUGAGAUUUGAUCAAAAUAAAAGGUGAAGGAUGAGUCUCAAUAUAGUAAUUUAUACACACUUCACUUGUAGUUGAAUUAUGUUAAUAUACAUGGUAAUUACUAUUAUCAUAAUGUAUUGUGAUUUUCAGCUGAAAAUUGUUUAAGAAAGCAGUAAAGCAUUAGUAUUUUUCUAUGA